AUGACCGCAUCAUCAAAAGCUUCAAACUUUACCUUAGAAAAGGCGCAAAGGUUGCUCAUCAGCGCAGAGAAAACCUUUGUCAAUCAAAACCCGACCUCCAAGGCCCAGCAUAAACUGGCCAGCGAAGUGUUACCAGGCGGUAACACUCGCUCAAUACUUCACACCAACCCUUUCCCAAUCUGCAUGGACAGAGGUGAAGGUAAUAAAUUGGUUGAUGUGGAUGGACACGAAUAUCUGGAUCUGGUUGGGGAAAUGACCGCCGGUCUAUACGGUCAUACAAAUUCGAUCAUUCGGGACACUAUCAUCGCUACAGUUACCAAAACAGGUCUGAAUCUAGGCGCGACAACUAGGACAGAAUCCUUGUUUGCAAAAGCAAUUUGUCAGCGAAUCACGGCUAUAGAACAAUUACGUUUCUGUAAUUCUGGCACAGAGGCAAAUCUACAUGCGCUCAGCAUCGCUCGCAGUGUGACAGGAAGAUCUAAAAUCAUUGUAUUCAAGGGUGGUUAUCAUGGCGGCGUUCUGACCUUUGCCCGUGGAGUUGCUGAAAACAAUGUCGACAGAGAAGAUUGGAUCAUUGGUACUUACAAUGAUGUGGAAGGGACUCAGAAACUCAUUUCAGAAAACAAAGAUGUAGCGGCAGCAGUGCUUGUAGAGGGCAUGCAAGGUGCCGCAGGGUGUAUACCCGGUACCGCAGAAUUCCUGCACACAAUUCAGACUGAGGCCAGGGCUAACGGGAUGAUGUUUAUUCUCGAUGAGGUUAUGACUUCUCGACUUGCUCCGGGUGGACUUCAAUCGGUUAUCCGGAGUCCCUACGAUGGUGUAUCGUUGAAACCUGAUAUGACUACUUUAGGGAAAUGGAUUGCCGGGGGAAUGACUAUUGGCGCCUUUGGUGGUCGUGAGAACCUUCUCGCGGCGUAUGACCCACGGCCUGCGUCAGACUCGUCGGAAAAGAAGGUUCAAAUCAGCCAUUCCGGAACUUUCAAUAAUAAUACCCUGGCUAUGAAUGUUGGGUUAGCAGCCCUUGAACAUAUCUUUACGCCGAAGGCUUGCUUAGAACUCAACAAUCUGGGCGACUGGUUCCGCCAGGGCUUGCAGGCGCGCUGCCAAGGUACUAAAAUGACAGUCACUGGGCUAGGGGCAGUGUGUAACAUACAUUUUACAUCAGAAGUCGACAAAUUAGGAAUCAUCUCUGUGGAUGAUUUGGUAACAGAGUCGAACGGAGUGGAAUCAAUCCUGAAAGACUUGUUCUGGUACUAUGCCGUGCGUAACGGCUAUUGGAUCGCCAGACGUGGCAUGUUGAGCUUGAUCUUGGGAACUAGCAAAGUGGAGCUUCAAGGCUUUCUCGAUGUGGUGGAGGGCUUUGUUCGAGAACAUCGUGAUCUGCUUGAAUGA